AAGCUGAAUAACACGCGAAUUUGGAAUGGAAAAGUCGGAGAGCGCCUGCGGAGACGGGGCAAAUGAGGAGGGAGGUUCGGUCGCUGGAUGCUCCGGGUCUUUUGGGCAGGAGGAGGAAGCCCCAAAGUCCGGGAAAUGGGGUCUUCGAGAGGAUUGGCUGGCUACUCAUCCUACGUUCACAAAAAUGAUGUCAUUGGAAGCGGCUGAUAGCAGAGGGGUGUAUGCCGCUUUCUUAGUUUACUUGGACCUUCUAGAAGUUAGGAACUGGCAUGAGGUAUCCUUCACUGGGCUAGCAGAGUUCCAGCUGGUGUGUCUCCAUGGACGUGAGAAAGAAACCGAUCCUUUGCAGGUAGUGGUGCCAACUCCUGCCCAGGUAUCAUUCAGCCAUGAGAGAUUAAGACAGAUCAUGAAGAGCACAGGCACAAUGCAGGCGAAACCUGAUUCCCCACUUUCUAUCACCCUGGCAAUAGUUGAAACAGACUCUACAAUUGUCUACUAUAAAUUGACGGACGGUUUCGUAAUGCCAGAUCCUCCGGACAGUCCUGCAGAGGCAGACAGCAAACAAGGAAGGAAGAAGAGAAAGAGGCUGUUGAGAUGAAGGGGAAGCGGAUAAAGAUUCUCUGGAUUCUUCUAAUGUAAAUGAGUCUGGUAUUAAAAGGGGCAGCUGGGAAUUGAAAAUCCCCACUAAAGCUUGAGAAUUAGCAAGAUAUUCAAGUCUUCCUCUUGUAACAAAGUCGGAUAUCAAAGAUGUCACAGACCAGUUCUAGAAUCUAUCUUCUGUUCAUGAGUAACACCAACAGUGUAGCUGUAUUUCAAUAAACCAUCUUUUUUGGAAUGAAA